AUGUCUGCGAUUAAAGUGAAUUUUGAGAUAGGACACAAAGCGUCAUUAAAAUCUAAGAAAACCCCAGAAGGAUUCACUCAUGACUGGGAAGUCUUCGUACGCGGUCAAGAAGGUGCUGAUAUAAGUCAUUUCGUAGACAAAGUUGUAUUUCAUCUGCACGAAACUUUUCCUAAACCUAGACGAGUUGUAAAGGAACCACCAUUUUCCAUAAGCGAGUCGGGUUAUGCAGGUUUUAUUUUUCCUAUUGAAAUUUAUUUGAAAAAUAAAGAUGAACCUAAGAAGAUUAAAUUUUCUUAUGAUUUCACACUGCAACAAAGUGGUUUUCUUAAGGAUAGGUAUAUUUUUCAAAAUCCUAAUGAUGAUUUUAGGAAGAAAUUGUUAAAAGGUGGUGGAAUAGCAAUAAGCAACAAUGCAUUUUAUACAAAUCCAGAUCAAGAAAAUCGUAGCAGAGAUUCAUUCACUGAAGAAAAACAACAGCUUGUAAGUAAGCCCAAACUUUCAGCAGAAAAUCUUAAGAAGCAUAAAUCUAAAGAAUACAAAGAAGAGAUACCACAUAGAACAAGCAGUUUUGAAAAUCUCUUUGGACCUCCUAUACAAAAGCCACCUAAAGUAUCCCCAGAUCCUAAAAAAAUUGAAAAGAGUGUUCUUACAGUUAAGUCUGAAAAAAAGGAAAAAGAGAGAUCAAGUUCUGAUAAAAAAUCAAAACAUGAACACAAGGAACCAAAACCAGAAAAAGUUAAAUUGAAAGAAGAGAAGGAUAAAACAAGAGUUGAGAAAGUGAAAAAUUCUAAGGAGCCUGAGAGAUCAAAAGAAAAACUAAAUAAAAGACCAAAUGAUAGACCUCCUUCACCAGAUAUAAUCAAAAAGAGGUGUAUCAGCCCUGCAAGGAGGCCACCAAGCCCAGCACAAAGAUCUAACAGUGCUUCUAGCAUUAAAGAAGAUUACAAAUCUAAACAUGUGCCAGAAGCUUUUGAAUCUAAAAAAAUUAAAAUUGAAGUUGAAUCCAAACCUGUAGAAAUUAAGACAGAAAAAGAAGUGAAAGAGAAGAAGAAAAAAGAAAAGAAAAGUCAUGAUAGAGACAAAGAAAAAAAGGAAAAGAAAGAGCAUAAAAAGGAAAGCCAUAAAUUAAAAGAGUCUCCUAAGGAGCCACCUAAAGAAAUACCAAAAGAGAUACCAAAAGUAAAAGAAGUUAUAAAAGAUAAGGAAUCAACAAAAGAUACAUCUCAUUCAAGGGAUAAACAUCAAAAAUCGGAAAAAGCAAUUAACAAAUUUUCUAUUGAAAAUCUUAGGAAAACUCCUCCACCCGAAAACGAGGAACAUAUUGAAAAUCGCAAAGUAAAAGAAAAAGGCGAGUCAGAAAGGAAACACAAACAUAAAAAAAAAGAUAAAAAACGAGAUGAAUCGAAAGAAAAGCAUAAAGACUCUAGUAAAGAAAAAAAAAGUAAACAUGAGAAAGUUAAGGAUCCCCCUCUUGAAAAACCUGAAAUUAUUGAGCAUCGAGAAACUCCUGUUCUUAAAGAACGCUCAUUACCUGAACCGGCCUCUCCAAUAUCCAUUGAUACUGCAUCUCAGUGUAGUUCUAAAAGUGGGCUUGUCAAGACAUCACAUAUAAGUACAGAAGAAGUUAAUAGCAGUCAUUCUGAUUCUGAAGGUUCUAUAAUUGCUGACGAAGAAGAUGUGAAAGAUAAAAUUGAACAUCCUUCUCCAGCAUUGAAACAUGAACCUUCACCAGAACCCGAACCAGAUCCAGAACCUGAGCUAGAGCCUGAACCAGAGGUAGAACCUGAUAUAGAUCCUGUACUUGAGGUUCCACCUGUACAACAAAAAGAAAAAUCGAAGAAACAUAAAGAUAGAUCUUCAAAACGUGAAGAAAAGCGCCGGAAACGAAAAGCGGCUGAAGAAGAAGAAAUAGAAAAUAGGAAAAUAGCCAAAACGAAUGAAUUAGGACCUUCAAACAGUGAAACUGAGCGUGGAGAAAGUAGUGGGUCAGUGUCUGUUGAAACUAAAGUACAAGAUAAUGGGGUAUCUAGUAGUCUUGGUGAAGAUGCAGAGCCAGGAGACUUAUCACCAGACUAUAUGGUGCAACUUCGUGGUCUUCAGCAACGCAUCAUGAUGAUCAAGAAUAAUGAAGAUCUAGAAAGAGUUGUGAACCUUAUUGCUGAAACUGGACGUUAUGAAGUGACUACUCAGACAUUUGAUUUUGAUUUGUGUUUGUUAGACCGAUCAACAGUGCAGCAGCUUAUACAGUUAGUGGGAUGCUAG